AUGACAGCCUCCUACUCAGCCAAACAUACCUCGCUGGCCAAGCAUUUUUUGGGUCUACACUCGAUCGAAGUGGCAGAACCUUCAGAUGUUAAGGACUUUGUGGUCAAACAUGAAGGUCACACAGUCAUUCAGAAAAUUCUUAUUGCAAACAACGGUAUCGGUGCCGUGAAAGAGAUCCGUUCUGUUAGAAAAUGGGCCUACGAAACUUUCGGCAACGAAAGAGCCAUCCAGUUCGUGGCCAUGGCUACUCCAGAAGACCUCGAGGCCAAUGCCGAGUACAUCAGAAUGGCCGACCAGUACGUGGAAGUUCCUGGCGGAACUAAUAAUAACAACUAUGCCAACGUGGAACUCAUCGUUGAAAUCGCUGAAAGAACAGAGGUGGACGCCGUCUGGGCAGGAUGGGGUCAUGCCUCUGAAAACCCAGAACUUCCAGAAAGACUGGCUGCCUCCCCACGUAGGGUGGUAUUCAUUGGUCCACCGGGAUCUGCUAUGCGUUCGCUAGGUGACAAAAUCUCCUCCACAAUUGUCGCCCAACACGCAGCAGUGCCGUGUAUCCCAUGGUCUGGAACUGGCGUCGAUAAGGUCGUUAUUGACGAUGCGGGAAUUGUUUCUGUUGAUGACGAAACAUACGCAAAGGGAUGUUGUACUGGGCCCGAAGACGGAUUACAAAAAGCCAAGGAAAUCGGCUUCCCUGUUAUGAUCAAAGCCUCCGAAGGAGGUGGUGGUAAAGGUAUCAGAAAAGUUGACAGAGAAGAAGACUUUGUCUCUCUCUACCAUCAGGCCGCCAACGAAAUCCCAGGUUCUCCAAUCUUCAUCAUGAAGUUGGCUGGUUCCGCUAGACACUUGGAAGUGCAGCUCUUGGCCGAUCAAUACGGUAAUAACAUUUCUUUGUUCGGAAGAGAUUGUUCUGUUCAAAGAAGACACCAAAAGAUUAUUGAAGAAGCUCCUGUCACCAUCGCAAAGCCAGAAACUUUCAGAAAGAUGGAGUCUGCUGCUGUGAGACUUGGUAAGUUGGUUGGAUACGUUUCUGCUGGUACUGUCGAGUACCUUUACUCCUACGCAGACGACAAAUUCUACUUUUUGGAAUUGAACCCAAGAUUGCAAGUGGAACACCCAACCACAGAGAUGGUGUCUGGUGUCAAUCUCCCUGCCACCCAGCUGCAAAUUGCCAUGGGUAUCCCACUUCACAGAAUAAAGGACAUCCGACUCUUUUACGGAGCAGAUCCUCACACAACCACAGAGAUCGAUUUCGAAUUCAAGAACGAGAACAGUGUCAGUGCACAACGUCGCCCAGUUCCAAAGGGUCACUGUACUGCCUGUCGUAUCACUUCCGAAGACCCAGGUGAAGGUUUCAAGCCGUCGGGUGGUACUUUACACGAGUUGAACUUCCGUUCGUCUUCCAAUGUUUGGGGUUACUUCUCGGUGAGUAACCAAUCCUCCAUCCACUCGUUUGCCGACUCCCAAUUCGGUCACAUUUUCGCCUUUGGUGAAAACAGACAGGCUUCGAGAAGACACAUGGUCGUUGCAUUGAAGGAAUUGAGUAUUAGGGGUGACUUCAGAACCACCGUCGAGUACUUGAUCAAGUUGCUUGAGACUCCUGACUUCGAGGACAACACCAUCACUACUGGAUGGUUGGACGAGCUGAUUUCCAAGAAGCUCACGGCCGAGCGUCCAGAUCCAACUGUUGCAGUUGUUUGUGGUGCUGUUACUAAGGCGCACCAACAAUGUGAAGACAACAGAAAGGAAUACAUUGCAUCUCUUGAAAAAGGUCAAGUUCCUUCCAAGGAGCUCUUGAAGACCAUUUACAACGUUGACUUUAUCUACGAAGGCCAGAAGUACAAGUUUACCUGUGCUAAGGCUGCCAACGACGAGUUCAGUUUGUUUAUCAACGGUUCCAGAUGUGUCACCAACGUUAAGGCACUUAGUGACGGUGGUCUACUUGUUGCAUUGGGUGGAAAGUCGCACUCUGUCUACUGGAAAGAGGAGGUUGGUGCAACCAGAAUCUCUGUGGACGGCAAGACCUGUUUGCUGGAGGUCGAGAACGACCCAACCCAAUUGAGAACUCCGUCUCCAGGUAAGUUGGUGAAGUACUUGGUUGAGAACGGUGGUCACAUCAGUGCUGGUCAACCAUUUGCCGAAGUUGAGGUCAUGAAGAUGUUCAUGCCUUUGAUUGCUCAGGAAGAUGGUAUCGUCCAACUCUUGAAACAACCAGGAUCCACUCUUAAUGCUGGUGACAUCUUGGCAAUUCUUGCUCUUGAUGACCCUUCGAGGGUGAAGCAUGCUUUGCCAUUCGAGGGCACCUUGUCCGAUCUUGGUUCUCCAAUUGCUGUUGGUACUAGACCUGUUCACAAAUUCCAAAGAUUGCUUGGAAUCUUGACCAACAUUCUUUCUGGUUUCGACAACCAAGUUGUGAUGAACGCCACUUUAACCGAUCUUAUUGUUACGCUGAGAGAUCCAGAAUUGCCAUACUCGGAGUGGAACAAUUUGAUUUCUGCAUUGCAUUCCCGUCUUCCACCAAAGUUGGACCAACAGCUCACCGAGUUGGUUGACAGGACUCAAAAGAGAAAUGCAGAGUUCCCAUCCAGACAGGUUCUAAAGCUCUUUGAAAAGACCAAGGCCGAGGGACAGGUUGACGCUCUUUUCGAUCAAGUCAUUGAACCUUUGGUCAACAUCGCUGAACAGUACAAAGAGGGACUGAGAGCCCACGAGUACUCUGUCUUUGCGGGUCUUUUGAUGGAAUACUACAACGUUGAAAAGCUUUUUAGCGGAGAGAACACCCGGAUGGAAGAUGUUAUUCUGAAACUCAGAGAUGAGAACAAGGACGAUCUUUCCAAGGUCAUCUCUCUGGCUCUGUCUCACUCCAGAAUUGGUGCAAAGAACAAUUUGAUCACAGCCAUUCUUGAUAAAUACAGACCAGUUCUGCAAGAAGACCCAGAUGCUUUGGUUGCUUUCAGAGAACCAUUGAAGAAGAUUGUCGACCUGGAUAGCCGUUCGACUGCAAAGGCUACUUUGAAGGCGAGAGAAAUUCUAAUUUUCUGCUCCAUGCCUUCCAUCAAGGAGAGAUCCGACCAAUUGGAGCACAUCCUGAGAAGUUCUGUUGUGGAGACUCGUUACGGCGAGACCACUGCUGCCAAGCACAAGCUUCCAGAUAUGGAGAUCAUUCAAGACGUUAUCGACUCCAAGUACAGCGUUUUUGAUGUGUUGACCCAAUUCCUGUGCUCUUCAGACCCAUGGAUCGCUGCUGCUGCCGCUGAGGUUUAUAUCAGAAGAGCUUACAGAGCUUACUCUGUUACUGAAGUCGAGCACCACGUUACUUCGACCAAGUCUUCCCCAGUUGUUGCAUGGAGAUUUCAAUUGCCAGCCCUUUCCACUGCUGCUUACAACUCCGUUCCUGAGGCCUUGCGUAACGUCAAGUCUCCAUCCUCCAUGAACAGAGCUCUUUCCGUCUCUGAUCUGACCUUUAUGAUCAACAAAGAUGACUCUCAACCUCUCAGAACCGGUAUUCUGGUUCCUGCUGCCCACAUUGAUGAUGUUGACGAGAUCUUGGGUAAAGGUCUGGAACUGACUUCCGUCAGUGAAAGCUCUGAGCCAAUCAACGUUUGUAACGUUUUCAUUGGUUCUACCGAGGGAUACGAAACUGAGGAGGAAGUUCAGGAAGAAAUCGCCAGAAUCAUCGACUUCAACAGACACGAAUUGCAAGAUGCUCUGAUUAGAAGAAUCACUUUUGUUGUCGGUGACAAAGUCGGUUCUUAUCCGAAAUACUUCACCUACAAGGCUACCGAUGGUGCCUACGUUGAAGACGAAGUGAUCAGACACAUUGAGCCAGCACUUGCUUUCCAAUUGGAGUUGGGUAGAUUGUCCAACUUCCACAUCAAGCCUGUGCAAACCGAGAACAGAAAUAUCCAUGUCUACGAAGCCGUUGCAAAGAACUCUUCGGGAGUUGACAAGAGAUACUUCACCAGAGGUAUCAUCCGUACUGGAUCUAUCAAAGAUGACAUCACUGCCCCAGAUUACUUGACAUCUGAAGCACACAGAUUGAUGAGUGAUAUCUUGGACGCUUUGGAGAUCAUUGACACCUCCAACACCGACUUGAACCACAUCUUCAUCAAUUUCGGUGCUGUGUUCAACAUUACUCCUGAAGAUGUUGAGAGUGCCUUUGGUGGUUUCUUGGAACGUUUUGGAAGAAGACUUUGGCGUUUGAGAGUCACUGGUGCAGAGAUCAGAAUCAUGUGCACUGACUCAGAGACUGGUGUGCCAUUCCCUCUCAGAGCCAUCAUCAACAACGUCAGCGGUUACGUGGUCAAGUCUGAGAUGUACAUCGAGGAGAGAAACAAAAAUGGUGAAUGGAUCUUCAGAUCUCUUGGAACUCCAGGUUCCAUGCACUUGAGAUCGAUCUCUACUCCAUACCCAACCAAGGAAUGGUUGCAACCAAAGAGACAGAAAGCACACAGCUUGGGUACCACCUACGUUUACGACUUCCCUGAGUUGUUUAAACAGGCUGUUAUUUCGCAGUGGAAGAAAUACGAUCCAACAUUUAAGCCUACUGAAGACAUCUUCAAGUACGUUGAGCUGAUCACCGACGAUUCGGGAAGUUUGACUGAGGUUGAAAGAGAGCCUGGUGCAAAUAACAUUGGUAUGGUGGCUUUCAAGAUCACCGCCAAAACCCCAGAGUAUCCAAGAGGAAGAGAGAUUGCCGUUGUUGCCAACGACAUCACCUUCAAGAUUGGUUCCUUUGGUCCAAAAGAGGACGGUUUCUUCAACAAGGUCACUGAGUAUGCUAGAAGCUUGGGUAUCCCAAGAGUCUACCUUUCUGCCAACUCUGGUGCCAGAAUUGGUAUUGCCGAAGAGCUCUUGCCAUAUUACAAGGUUAAUUGGAACGAUCCAACAGACCCAAGCAAGGGAUUCACCUACUUGUACUUGACUUCUGAGGACCUUAAGGCUCUUGACAAGGCCGGAAAGAGCAGCUGUGUCACCACCGAGAGAGUUGUUGAGAACGGUGAAGAACGUUAUAUCAUCACUGCCAUCAUUGGUAUGGAGGAAGGUCUUGGUGUUGAGUGUCUGAAGGGGUCCGGUUUGAUUGCCGGUGCCACCUCCAGAGCUUACCAAGACAUUUUCACCAUCACUCUGGUUACCUGCAGAUCUGUUGGUAUCGGUGCUUACUUGGUUAGACUUGGUCAAAGAGCUAUCCAAGUCGAAGGUCAACCUAUCAUUUUGACCGGUGCUCCAGCCAUCAACAAGAUUCUUGGUAGAGAAGUCUACUCUUCCAACUUGCAACUUGGUGGUACACAGAUCAUGUACAGAAAUGGUGUUUCUCACUUGACUGCCAGCGACGACCUUGCUGGUGUUGAGAAGAUCAUCGAGUGGUUGUCAUACGUUCCUGCUAAGCGAGGAUUGCCUGUUCCUAUUCUUGAAUCUGCUGAUGACUCUUGGGACAGAGACGUUGUGUACAAGCCAGUCAAGAACGAGGCUUACGACGUCAGAUGGUUGAUCGAAGGUAGAAGUACCGAGGACGACUUCGAGGCCGGUUUGUUCGACCGUGGCUCUUUCCAAGAAACAUUGUCUGGAUGGGCCAAGGGAGUUGUUGUUGGUAGAGCCCGUCUUGGAGGUAUUCCUAUGGGUGUUAUCGGUGUGGAGACCAGAGCUGUGGAGAAUCUGACUCCUGCCGACCCCGCCAACCAAGAUUCUACCGAGGUGUUGGUGCAAGAAGCCGGUCAAGUUUGGUAUCCAAACUCGGCCUUCAAGACUGCUCAAGCCAUCCGUGACUUCAACAACGGUGAGCAGUUGCCACUGAUGAUUCUGGCCAACUGGAGAGGAUUCUCUGGUGGUCAAAGAGACAUGUACAACGAGGUUCUCAAGUACGGAGCUUAUAUUGUGGACGCUCUUGUGGACUUCAAGCAACCAAUCUUCACAUACAUCCCGCCAACCGGAGAACUGAGAGGUGGAUCGUGGGUCGUUGUUGACCCAACCAUCAACUCAGACAUGAUGGAGAUGUAUGCUGAUUCCGAAUCUCGUGCCGGUGUUUUGGAGCCAGCCGGUAUGGUUGGUAUCAAAUACAGAGAAAACAAGCUCAUCGAUACCAUGAACCGUCUGGAUGACAAGUGCAAGAGCUUGCGUGCCCAGAUUGCUACCGAAGGUAUCAGUGCCGAGGAGAAGACUACUUUGGCCAAACAACUGAGCGAGAGACAGAAGCAAUUGCUUCCUAUUUAUGCUCAGAUUUCCGUGCAAUUUGCCGACCUGCACGACAGAGCUGGACGCAUGGUGGCCAAGGGCACCAUCCGUAAGGAGCUGGAGUGGAGCAACGCUCGUCGGUUCUUCUUCUGGCGUUUGAGAAGAAGAUUGAACGACGAGUACCUGAUCAAACAGAUCGGCGCCCAAUUGCCUCAAUCUACCAGACUGGAGAAGGUUGCCAGACUUAACUCGUGGUACCCAAGCUUCUUGGACCUGGACGACGACAAGUCGGUUGCUACGUGGGUGGAGGAGAACCACAAGCUACUGGAGUCGAACCUCAAGAAGCUCAAGGGAGACGCUACCAAGCAGACUUUGGCAAGACUGUUCCGCACAGACAUCAAAAACACUACAGAGGGGUUGGUGGAGAUUCUGUCCCUGUUGCCUGCUGAAGAGCGGGAAGCUGUUCUGAAAGAUUUGAGACAUUAA